UGUACUGUAAAUGAGCUUGGCUUAUGGCUCGCUCCAGUAAAGAGUUAAUAUUGAGUCAGUCAUCUGGUGGUUCCGCCUUCUCCAUGGGCUGUGACUCACUGUUCAGCAGCCAGUCACACACACACACACACACACACACACACACACACACACCCAUAUGAGGCCAGCAUGCUGGUGUAAACUCAUGUAUAUGAGUUCAUCUGUCUGAGUUGCCGGAGAGAAAGAGAGAGAGAGAGACUGGUGCUUGGUGACUUUGGAAGUUUGUUUGUUUGUGAAUUAUCCUUGUAUUUUAAAGACUAUAAAAGUACAUUUUAUGAGGACUAAAAGGAGGCAGUGUGAUUCUAAACUGAAGGAUGACGACUAGGCAAAUGCGAGAUGUCUGGGGGAACUCGGUCAUGUCAGCAUGGCUCCAUGUGUUCAUCGCUCAGUAACUCAGCGGUGGGGAGCAUGUGUUUCAGUCUACAUGAGAGGAACAGCUGAUUUCUGGAGGGAAACUGCAAAGAAGCGAGAGACACGAAGGGAAAUAUGAGUUUGCCAACUGGCUGUGUCUUUCUUCCACCCAGCGACCGCACUUUUAAAGUUCGGAGCGUCAAUCUUUGUGGCUCCCCGUGUGCUGUCAACUGUCCGAUUGACAUUGUGCAGAAACGCAGGCGUUUCGAUGUGGAAAAUGGGUUGUCAAUCGGGCGCAGUCCAUUGGACCCCAGUCCGAGCUCAGGACUGGUUCUCCAGGCCAACAGCCAGAGACGAGAGUCUUUCCUUUACCGCUCAGACUCGGAUUUCGACCUCUCCCCCAAGACGAUGUCCAGAAACUCCUCGGCGGCCAGCGAGCUUCAUGGAGAGGACAUGAUAGUAACGCCAUUUGCUCAGGUUCUUGCCAGUCUGCGAACAGUGAGGGGUAACGUUGCAGCUUUAACCCACUCGCAAGACAGAAGCAACAAGAGACUGUCAGGCGCUAACCCUCAGUCUGCCUGUAAAACAAGCCUGUCCGAUGAGGCAUAUCAGAAACUUGCUGUCGAGACCCUUGAAGAGCUGGAUUGGUGUUUGGACCAGCUGGAGACCCUGCAAACACGCCACUCUGUCAGCGAAAUGGCCUCCAAUAAGUUUAAAAGAAUGCUCAACAGAGAACUAACCCAGCUGUCAGAGACCAGCCGGUCAGGAAACCAAGUGUCGGAGUUCAUAGCAAGCACAAUUUUACAAAAACAGCAUGAUGUGGAGAUUUUGUCAGCAGCGUGUAAGGAGGAGAAAAAACGCCGCCCGAUGUCUCAGAUAAGUGGAGUGAGGAAACUGAUCCCCAGUCCGAGUCUCCCUCCAACAUGCAUCCCUCGGUUUGGAGUCAACACACAACACGAGAGCCGCCUGGCCGAGGAGCUUGACGACAUCAAUCGAUGGGGAAUAGAUAUUUUUAAGAUAGCAGAGUAUUCUGGGAAUCGGCCACUGACAGUCAUAAUGUACACCAUUUUUCAGGAACGAGAUUUGCUCAAGACCUUUAAGAUCCCAUCAGACACCUUCUUAACUUUCCUCAUGACUUUGGAGGAUCACUACCACGCGGACGUGGCCUACCAUAACAAUAUCCACGCAGCAGAUGUUGUGCAGUCCACACACGUUCUUCUCUCCACUCCUGCACUAGAGGAUGUGUUCACAGACCUUGAGAUCAUGGCUGCUCUGUUUGCGAGUGCUAUUCAUGAUGUUGACCAUCCAGGAUUCUCUAACCAGUUCCUCAUUAACACAAACUCUGAGCUCGCUCUCAUGUACAAUGACGCCUCAGUGUUGGAGAACCAUCACUUGGCUGUGGGCUUCAAGCUUCUCCAGGAGGACAACUGUGAUAUCUUCUGCAAUCUCAGCAAGAAACAGCGACAGUCCCUACGACAGAUGACCAUAGACAUGGUAUUAGCCACUGAUAUGUCCAAACACAUGAAUUUCCUGGCUGACCUGAAGACAAUGGUGGAAACGAAGAAAGUGACCAGUCUGGGAGUCUUGCUGCUGGACAACUACUCCGACCGAAUACAGGUGCUUCAGAAUAUGGUUCACUGCGCAGACCUCAGCAACCCCACAAAACCCCUGGAGCUCUACAGACAGUGGACAGACCGCAUCAUGGUGGAGCUCUUCAGACAGGGGGACCGUGAGCGGGACAAGGGCAUAGAAAUCAGCCCCAUGUGCGACAAACACACAGCUUCUGUGGAGAAGUCUCAGGUGGGAUUCAUCGAUUACAUCGUCCAUCCUUUAUGGGAGACAUGGGGUGAUUUGGUCCACCCCGAUGCUCAGGACAUUCUAGAUACAUUGGAGGACAAUCGCGAAUGGUACCAGAGCAUGAUCCCUCGCAGCCCAUCGCCCACCCCUGAAGAGCAGGACUCACGGGCCACGCUGGGCAUCGCAGGCUCGGCCGGGGAAAAGUUCCAGUUUGAGCUGACUCUUGAGGAAGAGGACGGAGAGCUAGAGGCUGAAGAAGAGCACAUAGAUAAAGACCAAUCAAGGACUAUGAUGGACCCCAGGCAUGUGCAGACGUCCCCUCGCGGAGUCACUCCUGUUUUAGACAGCAGCGAAAGAGAACUGGACCAAGAAAUGACCAGCGUAUCCAUCAUGCAGCUGGAAACCUAACAAGGCCCAGUACUAACAGUGAUGUUUCACUCGAGUUUCUUAAAUGCACUUAGAAAUAUUUUGGGGUUGAGUAGAACAACCAUACACUAAAAACUAAAAAGACAUUGGUUUACCUGACCAAACAGGCCUGUAUUUUAAAGCUAUAUUGUGUCCCAGACACAAACUUUUGUAUAAGGACUGAGGCCAAAGGCGUAGAUGAAUGUUUUCGUGGUCUCAUGUGAGAGUCGCAUAGAGGAACAUGAGUCUUCCCUUGAGAGACUACUGCAGAGGAAAGCUGAUUUACUCAUUAUGUGAACUUUUUCACUCGACUCUAGGAUAUUUAUUAUCUUGAACCUUUUUAAUCAUGGAUAACUUAAUGCUUUUGCUUUUUUUUUUGCCACUGAGAAAUAACUUAGUCGAAUGAAACGGUACAGUUGCUAGAAAUAUUAAGGCAAGACACCACAAGUGCAUGGAGCGAAACAUAUUAUCUAAUAGAUCACCAUACUUCUCCAGCGGAUUAACCACAGUACAUUAGUAACAAUAAUAAUAAUUUUGUAUUACAAGUUUUACAUUUUAUGUUUAAAUAUGUAAAUGAAGCAUUAUAUAAUUAAAUUAUGCACUAAUUUGCUUACGUUUCCAGAACAGAAAUCCGAACAUUGAUUCUUAAUUUGUUGUAAAACAUUUCUCUGUAAAGACUUAUUACAACAGUUUUUACAGAGGGGAUUUUGGAUUUCUCUUUUCAUCACUCCACAAAUCAGAAAGUUCUGUCAACAAACAGAAAAAAAACUGUAUAAAUAAAUAAAUAAGGUGAUUACACACUGUAAAGCUUACUAAAGUGAACAUGUCUGACUCCGUGUUUAAAACACUCUUUAAAAUAUAUCUUUAGUCAUUUAAAUCUACAUGCAUAAAAAUAUCAAAUUUAAUGAACACUUAAAUCUGUAUUUUGAAUGUUUUCUUUCCACUAGUAUGAAAACAAAUGCAUGUUAUAUGGAAGCAAAUUGUAAAAAAAAUUAGCUUGUAGUGUCUUGCCUUAACAGGUUAGCGACAGGAUUGUUAUUGUUAACAACCUCAGGAUAAUGUUGAUUUCUUUUUAAUGUAGCAAGACUCCAAAGUGCAGUCACUAAACUAUCUGUUUAUAAUCUUGUUUUGAACCUAAUGUAAUCUAAAAGACAGAACAUUGGGCUCAUCAGACGACCGUACGGAGAAUCCCUUUACAAGCGUCUUUGUACUGAAAUACCUUUAUACCUCUUGACCCAUUAGCACUAUGUGGACAUGAUGAUCAUACUGAAACAGGGUUGAUAUUUAAACUGAUUUAUGAAUAAACUCGAAUGAUGAGAAAUGCAAACCCUCUAAACUCGACACUCGUGUGUGAAUCAGUGCUUUAUAUUCAUGCCCAUGAUUGUAAAAUUGGGGAUCGCCUGCAUUGAUUGCUAUCAAGAGCUAAAGUGGAUCCCAAAUCUUCCCCAGUUUGAUUGUUUGGUGGAUUUAAACAGGAAGUUCUGGUCUAGUUCAGCACAAACAAGCCUUACUCUGAGCCGGAUACAUGUCCUCCUCACAUAAAGGGAUGUGGUUUACUGAUCCCUCUAAGAUCCUGCUCUCAUAUUCUCAUCAUCUUCAGAGAUUUCUUCCUCAAUAUAUUCCAUAAAAAUGAACUGAUUUAUAUACAGUCCGAUGCAUGCUUUACAUAGGAGAUAUUACAUAGGAGGAUUAUGUAAUAUCUCCUAUUGAAUAUAACAUUAUAAACUGGGGUCAGAGAAAAUUUUCAGAAAUUGACCAAAUUUAAAUUGACUAUAAUAAAUUCUUCUAAUGAUAUGAAAUCAUGAGAUUAAUCACAAUUAUUGUUUGGGUAGUGCAUAUGUAAUAAUUUUGCAAUAUAUAAAGAAUAUUUUAUUUAUUGGGGUUAGAAUACUUCUUUUUCUGGCCAAUCACAGAUGGGGAUGUGUUUGGGAGACCCGUUGGCAAAUAUUUCUUUUCAUAUGCAGUAGCACAGAAAUGAGACACUUGGAAUCCGAACAAGGAACCGUGAUCAUUUUAUAAUUAAAAAUAUUCCCAAUUUAAGAGUAGCCAGCAGUGCUGAAGAGAACCUGUGGCCAGAUGGAUGCUAUAAGUGCCAUUUCGUCCAGUAGCAUUGCUCACACUCGAUCUCAGAGAUCAGAAAAGCCAGUGUAGAGCCUUAAAACACAUCCCUUUAGCUUCAGUGCCAUUAAAGCAGUGACUGUGAAACAUUCAUACAUUCAUUCGUGUCUGAAUUGAAUUUUGCUGUAUGAUAUUAAAAGAACUAUGUCUUCUUCUCUGUACUAGUGUGUAGUAAAUGUAUUUGUGUCCUCUGUAUGUUAUAUUACUGAUAUUGUUAAAGAUAUUUGUUCAGUUUGUUUACAGGUCGUGGUCACAUUAUGUUUCAGAUAGAGUCGGUUUAUCACAGUGUUUCUUGUUCUCCACUGUCAGAACCAAAAAUACUCAAUUUUUAUUUCAGACUGUUCUGAAUUGCCAAUAAAAAUAAUUAAAUAAA